AUGAGUGUAGCAGGAGGAGGCAACAUCAAGGUGGUGGUGCGGUGUCGGCCGCUCAAUGCGCGAGAAAUCGCGCGAGGGGCCAAGUCGCUCGUCCGGAUGGAGGGCAACAACACCUUUCUCGACCCGCCAGAGGCCGCCAAUGUGACGUCCGGCCGAGUAACGGAGAAGGAGACCAAGUCGUUCGCGUUCGACCGCUCAUACUGGUCCGCCUGCCCGAAGGACGACCCUUCGUACGCCUCCCAGCAAACGCUCUAUGAUGACCUUGGACGGGAUCUGCUCGACCAUGCGUUUGAGGGCUUCAACUGCUGCAUCUUUGCAUACGGCCAAACAGGAUCCGGCAAGUCCUACUCGAUGAUGGGCUACGGCGCCGACCGCGGCAUCAUCCCUCUCAUCUGCGAAGCCCUCUUCGAGCGCAUCAAAGCCAAGACGCAGGACGGCGACGGGAAAGUCAGCUUCAAUGUCGAGGUCAGCUAUACCGAAAUUUACCAAGAGAAGGUUCGCGACUUGUUGAACCCGCUCAAUAAGGGCAACCUCAAGGUUCGAGAACACCCGACGCUGGGCCCGUACGUCGAGAACUUGUCGAAGUGCGCAGUGCAGACGUUUGAGGAUAUUGAGCACUUGAUGGAUGAGGGAACCAAGGCCCGAACAGUCGCCGCGACGCAGAUGAACGAAACCUCCUCCCGCUCACACGCCGUCUUCACCCUCCUCCUGACCCAAAAGCGCCACGACCCAGAGACCAACAUGACGGGCGAAAAAGUCUCUCGCAUCUCGCUCGUCGACCUCGCCGGUUCCGAGCGCGCCAACUCGACGGGCGCGACCGGCCAGACGUUGAAGGAGGGCGCGAAUAUCAAUAAGAGCUUGACGACGCUUGGACGAGUCAUCGCGGCGCUUGCGGCUGCGAGUGCGGCGAAGGGCGGGAAGGCGCAGAAGCAGGCGCAGGACAAGGUGCCAUACCGAGAUUCGGUCCUCACGUGGUUGCUGAAGGACUCGCUCGGCGGCAACUCGAAGACAGCAAUGAUCGCUGCGAUCUCGCCUGCCGACUACGACGAGACGCUUUCGACUCUGCCCAAGAAGAUCAAGAACAAGGCCGUCGUCAACGAGGACCCGAACGCCAAGCUCAUUCGCGAGCUCAAGGAGGAGCUGCAAACUCUUCGCGCGCGAAUGGGCAUCUCCGGUCCCGCCUCCUCCCUCUCCUCCACCGCCGCCGUCGAGUCGACCUUCGACCCGUCCGUUCCGCCCGAAAAGCAGAUCGUGCAGUACCGCUCCGCCACGGGCGAGCUCAAGACCAUCACCAAGGCCGAGUUGCAGGACCAGCUCGAGGCGAGCGAGAAGUUGAUGGCGAGCGUUACCGAGACGUGGGAGCAGAAGUUGCAGAAGACGAAGGAGGUCGAGAAGGAGCGGGAGAAGGCGCUCGAGAGCUUGGGCAUCACGAUUGAGAAGAACCACGUUGGCGUGCAUGCGCCGAAGAAGAUGCCGCAUCUCGUCAACUUGAGCGAGGAUCCGCUGAUGAGCGAGUGUCUCGUCUAUCAGAUCAAGCCCGGCCGGACGACUGUCGGCAACAUGGAGUCCGAGGCGCCGGCGGACAUCAAGCUCAGCGGUGCCAACAUCUUCGACGACCACUGCUUCUUCGACAACGCCCCCGACGGCAAGGUGACGCUGCAUGCCGGCGCGAAGGGAAUCGUCAUGGUCAACGGCCUGCGCAUCUCGCCGUCAAAGCCGAAGGAGCUGCGGUCCGGCUACCGCAUCAUCCUCGGCGACUUUCACGUCUUUCGCUUCAACCACCCCGAGGAGGUCCGCAAGGCGCGCGAAGGCAAGGUCCGCCAGGAGCUCCGGUCGCCUCUCAUUGACUCGUACGACGACUCGGGCGUCUCGUCGCCAGCUACUCGUCCCGACUCGCCGAUGUCGAACGCCGACUGGGCAUUCGCACGACGAGAAGCCGUCGUCGCUCGCCUGAACGGCAAGGACGUCAACCUCGACCAGAUGACCGACAACGACCUCAAUCGGCUGUACUCGAGCAUCUUGCGGGUCAAGCAUUCGCGUACUGCAUCGAGCGUCGCGGGCAGCGACCGACCGGAGAGUCGGAUGAGCUUCCUCGACUCGGUGACGGAAGAUGGGGACGACGACGACGAGGACUCGUCCGACUUUCGCUCUCGCCUCUACUCAGGCGGCACAUGGACGACAGACCCGACCAGUCUCGCCGAAUCGACUCUCACCUUGCACCAUCUCCCUGACCUCGAGGAAAAGGGCUUCGGCCUGGACGAUGCUCCUCUGCCGACUCCUCUCGCUCCGACCGCUCAGCCGCCCGCCAUCGUCGUCGCCGAGGCCGAGAAGGAGAAGCGGUCGAUGGAGGAGAAGGUGAAGAAGCUCGAGGCCCAAAUGGCGGCUCAGCGGAAGCGGAUCGCCAAGUUGCGGUCAAGCGGCUCGGCUGCGACGAACGGCUCGCGCACCGACGAGCUCGACGACCUCUUCGACGAGUGGCCUCGGAUGACUUCUGAGCAGGAAGUCCUCGCUCGAGAAGUCGUCGAGACCUGGCGUCGACGGAGACGGAUCCGCAUGGCCGAGGAUGCGCUGGCUAACGCCGUGGUGCUUAAGGAGGCGAAUGUGCUCAGUCGCGAGCUCAAGAAGGGCGUCGCAUACCAGCUCGUUAUCUUAGAGCGCGACGCACUGCUCUCGUCGGCGAGCGAACGCAUUGAUGGUCUUGAAGACGUUGACGAGGUCGUGGACCCGACUCUCGCUUCCUGCGCCAAGCCAUGCGUUGCUGUCAAGGUACUGGACCGUCGCCACCAAGUCCUCUCGAUCUGGAGUCUCGCCAAACUCGAGCAGCGACUGCAGCUGAUGCGGAACCAGUACAAGUGGCUCGACAAGCCCGAGUACCGCCAGCAUUUCGCCUCGCAAGACCCCUUCUACGAGACUCCGUCUCCUCCCGGAGGCUACUCCCUCGUCGGUACCGCACUCGCCUCGCUCGCUCCGUUGAGCCGUGGCCUUCCCUCAACGCAGACCCUGCAAGUCUACUCGCCCUACGUCGCCGACCCGAUUGGAAGCUGCCGAUUGCAGCUCACGCCUCUCAUCACGUCGAACGGACACGUUGACGACGCUGCGAACUACGCGCACUCGCUGUCCGUGCGCGUCGAGGUCGACGAGGUCGUCGGGUUCGACAAGACCGAGUUCGCCAACCUGCAUCUCCAGGUCUCGACGUCAACCGUCUUCGGGACCAAUCCGGAACGCGAUGUCGUCGUCCCAUCCGAGCCAGUCGACCUGGACCAGCAGGAUCUGGUCGACCUCCGGCUUGCUCAGAACUUCGAGGUGGAGCUCACGCCCGACGUCCAGCAAUACCUGCACGAAUCGCAUGCGCAAGUCUUCAUCUUCGGUCGCGCUCGACUCCCGCACUUUGAUCGCAUCGAACGAUGGGAUGAAGCGCGAGAGGCCGCGUCCGCCUCGAAGGCGAAAGAUGCAGUCGCUGUGCGAGGCGACCCUGCCAAUGACGACGUUACUCGUCGACCCGAGAACGACUUCGUCAACGAGCAACAACACGACAUCCUCGCUCAUAUCGAGAUCCGCGAGCUGGGCGAACGAGGCGAGUACGAGCCGGUCCAGGUGGUCUCGACGAAUGCGCUCGAUGCCGGGUCCUUCUUCCUGCGGCAAGGCAUCCAGCGCCGCUUCGUCCUCGAGCUGUCGUCGAAUUCGGGCCGCGCCUUCCCUUGGAAGCGCAUCUCCCGGGUGUUGCUUGGGAACGUCCGCAUGCUCGACGGGCAGGGAAGAGUGCACGCUGCGACGUCGGCCGCCGAUGCCGAGUUGCGCGGCAUGGGCAAUCCUCGACCGCUCUUCUCGUCCGACGGCACCUCGACUCUCUCGUUUGCCGCAGCGUGGGACAGCUCGGUACACGACUCGCCGCACCUCAACCGGGCGACCCCGCAAGGUUCGCGCGCUCUCGUCCGCUUGAGCUUCGACCUUGAGGUUAGUGGUUGCGCCUCACCAAUCGCCUUUUCGACCGACUUCGCCGUCACCAUCGCCGGUCGCGACGCUCGUCCGCCUUCGAAGCUGCUCUCACUCUUCAACUCGACCCGCCUCGCGUCUCGCAUCGCCGCAGUCUUUGCCAUCAACCUUCGACCGUACAAGACGCGCAAAGCUGGCGAUGUAUGGCGGCUCGACACGAGCGACAUAUUCGUGCGGGGCGAGGAGCUACUUGCCGGCUGGCGGCCUCGAGGAUUGACGCUCAUCCGGGACCACGACUCGGUAGCUCCCGUGAAACGUCUGGCUGCGGAUGUCGAAGGCACCAAAGCCAUCCUCGCUGCGCUCGAUACUGCCUUGCCGACCGUCGAGGACGGCCGCCCGGACGAACGACUCGGCAGCGUGUUGACGUUGUGGCAGAAGCAGUUCGGACCCCGCGGCGAGAUCCCCCUCGAGCGCGAACAAAGCGCAAGCAAGAUGCUCGACCUCGCUUCCUCAGCACCUUCACCGUCACUUUCCGCUCCUGCGCCGAGCUCCCCCAAGCUUACCGGAUCGGCUUCCUUGAUCCCACGAGCUGAAGCGGCCAACAAGCGCGGCCCGCUUGCCAUCCUCCGCGACCCGACUAGCAACCAGUGGCGCAAGCACUGGUUCGUCCUUCGUCGCCCCUACCUCUACCUCUACAACUCGUCGGCCGAAGUCGACGAGGUCGCCGUCAUCAACGUCUCCACGGUCCGGGUCGAGCAGUCUCCCGAGAUUGAGCGGAUGUUAGAGCGCAAGUUUGCCUUCGCCAUCUUCACCCACCAAAACAGCUACUUCUUCGCUGCGCCGAGCCUUCGCGACAUGAUCUCGUGGAUGAAGGCUAUCGACCCCUCCCUCGCCGCUUGA